GGGAUUUGGUGCAAUGCGAACACUUAGGAUGUCUCGGUGUUGCACGCUGUCAGAUAGGAAGGCGGGAGGGAACAGCAACCUCCCACUCCUCCUAUUGCUAUAACAACCACAGGGCGGUCUGUCGGUGUGUCGGUCGGUGUGUGUGACUCGAUGCCACAGCGGCUCGGAUGCGAGACAGCCAGCUGUCCUCCUCAGACCCAGGAUCGCCGCAUCGCCGCCCGCCCUGACACUGACUGGAUCCCGGCCGGAGAGCAGCGGCGGGAGGAAGAAGAAGAGGAGGAGGAGGAGGGAGAGCCUGUGUGUUUCCCCCCCUCCACAGUGUGUCUGAACAGCGGGGAAGCUCAGUGUCGGGAUCCGCUACGUCAAACAGAUUAGUCAAAUAACCUCUCGGGGGUAGGACAUACCUCCCCUCAUCGGGCUGAGGAAGCGAGAUAGUCUGCGCUGACGAGCAGCCAGGAAGCCCCUGGCGAAAAACAGAAGUGCACUACUUUUUCUUUUUCUUUUUUCUUUUGUGUGUUAGACGUCUGUGGCGGUGGUGCUGAGCCUCCAGCAGCGUCUCUUCUUCUUCUUCUUCUUCUCUUCUUCUUCUCCUUCUUCUUCUCCCCCUUCUUCUUCUUCUUCUCCUUGUUCUGCUUCCCGCCCUCAACCCCUGGUGAGAAAUGGCGAAAGAAAACGGCGAGUCCAGCGAUGGAUCUUGGAAAAAGCACGUCGAGGACAUCAAGAAGAUCUUUGACUUCAAGGAAGUCCUUGGGACCGGUGCGUUUUCUGAAGUGGUGAUGGCUCGGGAGAAGGCCACGGGUAAGAUGGUUGCAAUCAAGUGCAUCCCGAAAAAAGCGCUGAAGGGGAAGGAGACGAGCAUCGAAAAUGAAAUCGCCGUGCUCAGGAGGAUAAAGCAUGAGAAUAUCGUGGCUCUGGAGGACAUCUACGAGAGCUCAAACCACCUGUACCUCAUAAUGCAGCUGGUGUCUGGAGGUGAGCUGUUUGACCGCAUCGUGGAGAAAGGCUUCUACACAGAGAUGGACGCCAGUCGGCUCAUUCGACAGGUCCUGGAUGCGGUCAACUAUUUGCACUCCAUGGGCAUCGUACACAGAGACCUAAAGCCUGAGAACCUGCUGUACUUCAGUCCCCAUGAUGAAUCAAAGAUCAUGAUCAGCGACUUUGGCUUAUCAAAGAUGGAGGGAACAGGCGAUGUGAUGGCCACCGCCUGUGGGACUCCAGGAUAUGUGGCUCCUGAGGUUUUAGCCCAGAAGCCUUACAGUAAAGCUGUGGACUGCUGGUCUAUUGGCGUCAUUGCUUAUAUUCUGCUCUGCGGCUACCCACCUUUCUACGACGAGAACGAUUCGAAGCUCUUCGAGCAGAUUCUGAAGGCCGACUAUGAGUUUGACGCGCCGUAUUGGGAUGACAUAUCAGACUCCGCCAAAGACUUCAUCAGCUGCCUAAUGGAAAAGGACCCGGAGAAGCGAUUCACAUGUGACCAGGCUCUCCAGCACCCUUGGAUUGCUGGAGGCACUGCGCUCUGCAAGAACAUACAUGAAUCAGUCAGCCGACAGAUGCGGAAAAACUUUGCCAAAAGCAAAUGGAGGCAAGCUUUUAAUGCGACGGCUGUGAUCCGCCACAUGAGGCGCCUGCAGCUGGGCACCAGCUUUGGCAGCAGCAUCCACAACACCAACUCUGUGUCCGGCCCUCAGAGCCGAGCUCCAGCCAAGAGCCAGUCUGUGGACUGCGCCCCGCUCUCCCCGACGGACCGUCCUCCAAUAGCUCCGUUGCCCUCUGCUGUUAAUGCAUAUGAUCAGGACUCUGACGCCCCCUCACCGGUCUGUGAGGAGCCAUCUGUGGUUGCCGAGCCACCGCGGCCACGACCCUCCACCGUCACGGUCAUCCACACUGGGACUAAAUGACGCCAGGUUCCGCGGGAGGUGAGCUGGGAGACCACGGAGCUUUGAGACGGUGAUAAAAAACCAUCCAAGGCCUCAAUGUUGUCGCCCAGUUUGCCCAUCCCGCAGCCUCCCAUCUGUUUCUGCCAAACCACGGGAGGAAAUUGAGGAGCAUUGGCUUCGCUCCAUUUACCAUGGCUCAGCAAGGCACCGCACCGCUUACCUUCCUGCUGUCACACUGACCUGGAAGUACAGAGGGGAAGAUGCUCACCAGAGGUUGAAGCCUUGUCCAACCUGGAUCAUGGCUGUCUGGCAAGACAGACAAGCAGCUGUUCUGGGAAGUGCCACACUAAAGGGAACUCUUUUUGUAGCUGCUAUCAUUUUGGACUGCGAGUGUCUUGAGACAAGGACGCUCCGCUGUAUGCCUUGUGUAAAUAUCCUGCCUGGAACUGUUGAGUGGAGUCAUGUUAUGCAAGUGAAAUAUAAGCUUCAAGCCGUGGUAAAUAAUCGUCACAUCAUCUGCACUCUGGACUUCUUGUCGUUUUGACAGCUCUCGUUAAUUUGCUGUGGUAUUUGCUACAAUGGCUUGCAGGGUAAUAACUCCCAACAGUGUGACAGUGUGUAUUCUCUCUUUGCUUUAACGUGCGUGGACAUGAAACACGAGCAGGACGGUGUGCUUCAGUUGCACUAAUGUAUUGGAUUAUUUAUUUUCUUACAAUAUAUUCUGACUUUUUUUGUAAGACUACCACUUGCAGAAAUGUGUAAAUGUCUUAUUAGAUUGGACUGACCAGUUAUUGAAUUAAAUGAUAAACAUACAGUAUCUUAAUAGCCGUUGCUUUGUAAUUGCUGUUUUUAUUGGAAUAAUCAGUCUUGACUGUGAACUCCUCCUGGACCACAGGAGGGCGACCUCGUGUUGUUGCUGUGUGACCAGUUCUCAGGGAUGUGCUCCAACAUGAAGCCAACCAAACGCCCCCUCAGAGUGACGAGGACGGCGAAAAGUGAAACCUCCAAAUACUGCAUGUUGCUCUAAUGUGCCAUUACGAGAGCUCGACAGAUGCUUCCCUUUCUUUAAAUCCCCCCUUUAUUGACUGUAUGAGCGUAAUGUAACUCGUACCGAAUGGAUUGUCCUCCCUUUAAAGACCUUGAAGUACAUUUGGAUUUAAAGAAAUUGUUUAUCAGUGAAGUGUGUGUUCACGUGUGCAGUAAAACCUGUAAAAAGACAAGUGAAUGCAGAUAUUACUCGACUGCUCCCAAUGCAGAAUCGUCAAGUCGUACAGUUCAGUAGUUUGUAUUGUCGUGCUCUGCUUCCGCUCAUGAAGUGGCUGGUCUGAAAAAACAUUCGCUCCCUCUGUGUUUAAUCACUGUGCUUUCAUACCAGCCCGUUGAAUUUAGCAGAGAGCAGCUUUCUCCUGCUCUCACUCCCGCUCGCUCUCCAGAGACCUUCACACAGAGAAGAGAAGGGAAUCUGUCUUUGUAUUUCUCUCUGUGGGCCCCAUGUUCAAUUUGCAAUCACUCAAAAGGGGGGAACAAGUAAAGACGGGAACACUCCAGCAGAACAUGCCUGAUGACGAGGGCUUUGCAAAUCUUGAAUUAUCUGAAAAUGUUGUGGUGAAUGUUUGACUUGACUGUAAAUACAGAAACUCAACAACACACUUAGCUUGGGUCUUGAGUGUUUAUUUUUGUCUUUCCUGUGUAUUUUUAUUUCUCCACAGAAAACAUCAAAAAACAGAAAUCAAACUAUGAAGCGUUAAAAAAGCCCCGUCGGUUUGCAUGUAUUACAUAUUAUUGCAGAAAUGUUCUUUGGAGUUGUAGAAAUUCAUGUAUUAAAAAAAGAGGCUUGUUUGCA